UAAUGACGUAGCAUUACAAACGAUUUCUCACCCCCGAGGGCACGCCCCUAUUCGUCACUAGAUACGCCCACAUCUGUCGCGGUGGCUGGUUGCAGCGGCGGGUUUGACAGGAGACAUUGGAUGUAGUUCCGGCUGGCGGGCGGCGCACUGAUCGCUGCGGCCGGAGGUUGCGAAGGGGUCGCAAACUGCAUUGGUGCCUAUGGGGUUGGUGCAGCGGUGAAACCGGCAUGUAAAAGCUUACGCUUGUCUGGAGGGUCGGGGAGACAUGGUGCAGGUAUCCUUUGAGAACCCUGGCUGACCGCCUUGAUUAAAGAAAUGAAGCGAACACGGGGGAACGCAGAGAAGCCGCAGCCCACCGUGGGCGCAGAGGAAGCCCGGGUUGCCCCUGUGUUACGUAGGAGAACAGCUGGACCAGAAGAGAGAGCUGGAAGCAGAGAUCAGGAUACUAUUCACCCUCCUGCUCCACUGCUGUUCAGAAAACUGAGCAAUCCUGAUCUGUAUUCAUCCACAGGAAAGGUAAAACUGCAUCGUCAGCUGAGCCAGGAUGACUGCAAGCUUCGUAGGGGAAGUUUAGCCAGUUCUCUUUCAGGAAAGCAACUUCUUCCACUAUCUAACAGUGUUCACAGUGGUGUUGGUCAGCUGACAACAUGGCAGCCAUCAGCAGAGACGUCCAAUCUGGUCCGAAUGAGAAACCAGUCUUUUGGCCAGUCAGCACCUUCCCUUACAGCUGGAUUGAAGGAGCUGAGCCUCCCAAGAAGAGGAAGUUUAAUCUUCUCCCCUUUGCACGCUCACUGCCGAGGAAACGAUGUGCAUCAGCGGAUGCUCUCGCCUUCAUCUGCUCCAAACCUCCAGCACUUAAAAAUCCCAUUAAGUGCCGACUGCACACUCGAUACAUCUCCACUUGCUUUUUUCUGCAGUCCUCAAGCACAGAGUAAUCCAGGUAGUCCUUGCUACAGUGCGCCAUUGCAGUGGAGCUGUCGUUCUAGUAAUAGAAAGAGCUUGAUUGUAGCUUCCAGCACAUCCCCAACUUUGCCCCGUCCUCACUCUCCUCUCCAUGGACAUACAGGUAACAGCCCGCUUGAUAGUCCACGUAACUUCUCUCCAAAUGCUGCUGCUCACUUUUCAUUUAUUCCCGCUCGGAGCCACGGACACAGAGCAGACAGGACGGAUGGACGCCGUUGGUCUUUGGCAUCUCUACCUUCAUCUGGAUAUGGAACGAACACUCCUAGUUCCACAGUUUCAUCGUCCUGCUCAUCCCAAGAGAAGCUGCACCAGUUGCCAUAUCAGCCAACGGCAGAUGAGCUUCAUUUCCUGACCAAACACUUCAGCACCGAGAACAUCACUGAUGAGGAGGGACGUAACUCACCAGCCAUGCGCCCUCGUUCUCGCAGCCUCAGCCCUGGACGUUCUCCUAUUUCAUAUGAUGGGGAGAUAGUGAUGAUGAAUCAUGUUUACAAAGAACGCUUUCCUAAGGCAACAGCACAGAUGGAAGAACGACUGGCAGAUUUCAUUAUUUCCAAUUCUCCAGAGAAUGUGCUGCCAUUAGCAGACGGUGUCCUGAGCUUCAUUCAUCACCAAGUGAUUGAACUGGCACGUGACUGCCUGAGCAAAUCACGAGAUGGGCUGAUCACCUCUCGCUACUUUUAUGAGCUUCAAGAGAACUUAGAGAAAUUGCUGCAAAAUGCCCACGAGCGGUCCGAGAGCUCAGAGGUGGCAUUUGUUACCCAACUGGUGAAAAAGCUUAUGAUUAUCAUUGCUCGUCCUGCCCGACUCCUGGAGUGUUUGGAAUUUGAUCCAGAAGAAUUCUACCAUCUGUUGGAAGCUGCAGAAGGCCAUGCCAAAGAAGGAGAAGGAAUUAAGUCAGAUAUUCCCCGUUAUAUCAUCAGCCAACUGGGGCUCACACGGGAUCCCUUGGAGGAAAUGGCCCAGCUGAAUAGUUAUGACAGCAGUAAUACAGAUACUCCUGAGACGGACGGAGGAUGUAUUGAGGGUCGCAGUGGUGCUGCUGUCAUUCAACCAAAGAAAACACCCUCAGAAGAGGAGUUUGAGAACAUUAAAUUGAUCAGCAAUGGAGCUUAUGGAGCGGUGUAUUUAGUACGACACAAGGAAACAAGGCAGCGAUUUGCAAUGAAGAAGAUAAACAAGCAAAAUUUAAUCCUUAGGAACCAGAUCCAACAAGCCUUUGUGGAGAGGGAUAUUCUUACCUUUGCUGAAAACCCAUUUGUAGUCAGCAUGUUUUGUUCUUUUGAGACAAAGAGGCACCUAUGUAUGGUCAUGGAAUAUGUAGAAGGAGGCGAUUGUGCCACACUUCUGAAAAGUAUUGGUGCCCUUCCAGUUGAAAUGGCUAGGAUGUAUUUUGCAGAGACUGUGCUAGCGCUAGAAUACCUUCAUAACUAUGGAAUCGUCCACCGAGAUCUCAAACCAGAUAACCUCCUUAUCACCUCAAUGGGGCACAUCAAGCUCACAGAUUUUGGUCUCUCUAAAAUUGGGCUCAUGAGUCUAACCACAAACCUGUAUGAAGGUCAUAUUGAAAAGGACACAAGAGAAUUUUUGGAUAAACAGGUGUGUGGGACCCCAGAGUACAUUGCACCAGAAGUCAUCCUGAGGCAGGGAUAUGGGAAACCUGUGGACUGGUGGGCUAUGGGCGUUAUUCUAUAUGAAUUUUUAGUCGGGUGCGUUCCUUUCUUUGGUGAUACGCCAGAAGAAUUGUUUGGACAAGUCAUCAGCGAUGAGAUUGCCUGGCCAGAUGGAGAUGAUGCUUUGCCUGCAGAUGCUCAAGAUCUGAUAUCCAGACUUCUUCGGCAAAACCCCUUGGAGAGACUAGGAACAGGUAGCGCAAUUGAGGUUAAACAGCAUCGCUUUUUUAAAGACGUGGACUGGAAUGGUUUACUGCGGCAGAAAGCAGAGUUCAUUCCCCAGUUAGAAUCUGAAGAUGACACCAGUUAUUUUGACACCCGUUCUGAAAGAUACCAGCACAUGGAUUCUGAAGAGGAGGAAGACACAAAUGAUGAAGAUCGAGUAGAGAUAAGACAGUUUUCAUCAUGUUCUCCUCGAUUUAGCAAGGUUUAUAGCAGUAUGGAGCGCCUUUCAAUUCAUGAAGAGAGAACUCCUCCACCCACUAAACGCAGCCUGAGUGAGGAAAAAGAAGACAAGUUGGACGGUCUGGGUGGGCUGAAGAACAGAGAUCGGGGCUGGGUUAUCGGAUCCCCUGAAAUCCUUCGCAAGCGACUGUCUGCGUCCGAGUCCUCUCACACAGAAAGUGACUCAAGCCCACCGCUUACAGUCAGGAGGCGAUGUUCUGCUUUGGUUGAUAUGCCUCGCUUUGCCAUCUCCACUGAAGAAGAAUUGCACUUACAGAGGAAGCUAAGCCAAUCUCAGCAGGAUGUGACCGCAAGCCCAUCAUCUCUUCCAAAAGAGGGAAACGCCCUUCCUGUGCUUGUGCAGCCAGUGGAAAGAGAGCUGAAACUAGAUGAUGAUUUGGUGCCAUCUACACCUUCUUCAACCAUAAGCAAUACUAGCAGCUCAACCACACUGACUGCUGGCAGCAACGCUGAUUCCUCAGAUCACAACAUUCACCUUGGCACAGACGUGUCUGAAUUUGCCACUCCAAAAGCCAUCAGUGACUUAGCUGUAAGAAGAGCACGCCAUAGGCUUCUCUCAGGGGAUUCUGGGGAAAAACGCCCCUCCAGACCAUUCAAUAAAGUCAUCAAGUCGGCCUCUGCUACUGCCCUGUCACUCAUGAUCCCCUCUGAUUACCAUACUUAUUCACCUUUGGCCAGCCCUAUGUCUCCGCAUUCUAUAUCUUCAAACCCCUCCUCGCGUGACUCUUCCCCAAGCAGAGAUUUUUUCCCUGCUAUCUCCCAUCUCAAACCCCCAAUCAUCAUACAUCGUGCGGGGAAGAAAUAUGGGUUCACUCUACGAGCUAUUCGUGUCUACAUGGGAGAAAGCGAUGUGUAUACUGUCCAUCACAUGGUGUGGCACGUUGAAGAAGAUGGUCCAGCGCAUGAUGCUGGUCUACGAGAAGGUGAUUUGAUCACUCAUGUCAAUGGAGAACCUGUCCAUGGUCUAGUGCACACUGAAGUGGUGGAACUCAUCCUGAAGAGUGGAAACAAAGUUUCCAUAUCCACCACUCCAUUUGAGAACACUUCAAUCAAAGUUGGCCCAGCAAGGAAAGCUAGCUACAAAUCAAAAAUGGCUCGCCGGAAUAAGAAGAGCAAACCAAAGGAUGGGCAGGAAAGCAAGAAAAAGUCUUCUUUAUUUCGGAAGAUCACAAAGCAAGCAUCACUACUUCACACCAGUCGCAGCCUGUCCUCUCUCAACCGCUCCCUGUCCUCUGGAGAAAGUGUUCCAGGCUCUCCUACCCAUGUCCUGUCUCCUCGCUCUCCUACACAGACGUACAGAUCUACUCCAGACUCUGCCCACUCAGUUGGCGGUAAUUCUUCCCAAAGCAGCUCUCCAAGCUCCAGUGUUCCUAACUCUCCAGCCAGUUCUGGGCAUAUCCGUCCCAGUUCCCUGCAUGGGCUGGCUCCAAAGCUACAAAGACAAUACAGGUCUCCUCGUCGGAAAUCUGCAGGGAAUAUACCACUUUCACCUUUGGCACAUACACCUUCUCCAACAUCUCAGUCCACCUCUCCACAGCGUUCACCUUCACCUCUUCCAGGACACGCUCUUGGAAACUGCAACAUCCUGCAGUCGUUCCCUGUCAAAUUGCACUCUUCUCCACCACUUGUUAGGCAAAUAUCAAGGCCAAAAAGUGCUGAACCACCACGGUCUCCUCUGCUGAAAAGGGUACAGUCUGCAGAAAAGUUAUCUGGGUCAUUAUCUUCUGAGAAGAAGCUGGCUUCUUCUCGUAAGCACAGUCUGGAAAUCUCCCACUCAGAUUUCAAAAAGGAGAUAAUGCAUCGAGACUUAAGUUUGCAGUGCUUGCCAGAGUCUAUAAGUGAGAACACUGGUAGCAAAGUAGGACUGGCAGAAAAAGGGACUCUGCAAAAACCUUCAAGAAAACUUGGUGCUAUUCGUCACGAUAGGGUAGAACGAAGGGAGUCACUUCAGAAACAGGAGGCUAUUCGUGAGGUGGAUUCUUCUGAGGAUGAAACUGAUGAAGGCUCAGAGGAUAGUCAGGAUGGGAGGCGGUUAGAGAGAUCUUCACUUAGAAAUGAGAAAGUAUCCGCUUCAGGCAUCAGCAGUGGCAGAGAUUCCUGCCAGGUGCAGAGCAAGAGUAGUACUGAGGAUGAUUCUUUCCUGCCUCAAUGUUACAGGAGAAAGAAUGAGGUGAAAGAAAUGUCUGGUAAAGUUAUUGAUACUACCUCACAAAAUCUCCCUGACCAUGCUGGGAUUGUGUCCUUUCGUAGUCCAAACCCUCCCAAGGACACUUGCCUGAUUCCUGCUGCAGAAACCAAUAUGCUAAAACAACAAAAUAUUUUGAAACGUGAGGCAAGUAUUAUGCAUAUCAAAGGUAAACCACUCCAAGAAGCAAGUCAAGAAAGCACAGGCACUGAUAGCAAGAACACUCAAAAUAGUUUAGUGCAAAAAGAAGCAAACUACUCUUCACAUCUAUGUCAGCCAAGCAAAAGUAGCUGUAUUAGUGUAGUAGAUCACAUAGAGGUGCCUAAUUGUAAAGAGUCUGUUCCUGAAGAUGGCUCUAAAGUGUCUGCACUUUCUCUUUCCUCAUCUUGCCUAAAGACCACUUCCAGUUCUGUUGCAGUACACUGCCCUGCAGGAGAUACCUGUUUAACUACCAGUACUGCAUCAGAUGCUUAUGUGCAAUAUUCGCCCAUUUUAAAUGAGCAAGGGCUGCAGGAACCUGCUGAAAAGCAAAGCACUUUAAAGGGGAUGAACAACUCUGUUUCUACAGAAGCAACCUUGUCUCGAAAAGCAGGUACAGUUACCUCAACCAACCCUGUGUCCAGUGAAAAAAAGGCAUUGGUAUCUCAUAUCGCAACCAUGGCUAAGAGCGUCUUGGGACCAGUAAAGCUUAGCAUGCCGGGAUCAAGAGGUUCAGAUGACCAUGCAAACAAAAAGGAGAAAAAUUCUAGGCAAAAAAAAUCUGAGCUUUUUAGAUCUGAAUCAAUGCAGGAAGGCAUUAGAGAAUUUUCGACAGACACAGGUUUCAGGACAUGCACAUCCUUAAACGAGUGUGCUUUAUCUGCUGUCACCAAGCAACACGACUGGACCUCUCUUUCUAACAAAUCAGAACGACUGAGAGUAUUUGAUGUUUUAGACCCUAGAAAAAUUCCUCCGUCAAAGGACCAGCAGCCACCGGCAGCAGAUAGCUUCAUGGGGAGAUCUCCUUCACUCAGUGAGGUCAGCAAAAAACUAACGAAAGAGGAAACUGUGACUCAAGGGACAAGCAAAGUGAUUGGUAGUCACUCUCACACACAAGAUUGUUCAUCAUUACAAGCAGAUAACACGAGAAACACAUAGCAGUAUUUACAUUUGGACUGUUGGCAGUAACCUGCAUGUUAUACACUAGCAUAAUCGUUUUCAUGCCUUUAUAUUUGUUUCUUUUCUUUUCCUGUUUUCCCCAUACAUUAUCUUAAUCCUCAAAAUGGCAGAGGAGUUAACGCAUUUCUUUGUAAUAUAUUGCAUGCCCUCACACUAUUAUUUGGGGGUACUGUACAUAUUAUGUUGGCGGAACAGGGUAUCUAAAAUGCAGGGUAUUUAUAUUACACCCAAGCUUAGUAAGAAUAUUGGUGUAGAAUUCUGUAAAAAGAAUGCAUAUUGGAAUUGGACACAGCCCUUAGAUAUACAUAUGAUUUCAUUGGCUUUUCGUUGCUAAAAGCAAGAUUAUAUUUCAUACUUUCUGGCAUUUUGAUGGUGUUUUUUAAAUUUCUUCAGAGACAGCUUAACCCCUUAGCAGGCAUAUAAAGCAAUCUGGCUUGUAUGUAUAUAUGUAUCUGUAGGUUUAAGAAACUGGAAGCCUAACGUACAUCACAUCUACAAAAAAAGUGAGACCUUUAAAUAUGAAGCUUUAUAUUGCCCUAAUGUAAAGUCGCAGCACGAAAUGUUAAUACUCUGGGGACAGAUGAUAGUGGAAAACAAGUAGAACAUUGUCAUACAGUGCUGGUAAGUUUCACCAGUAUCAAACUGACAGCUUUUGGUAAACUAACUGCAACCCCCUAACAUUGACCCUCCACUGAGUGUUACCUCUACCUGUACAAGAGCACUGACUGGGAACUGAGUAAGGACAGUAUAUUGGAAAGGAGAAGUUGGAACACAUGAUACAGUUCUGAGAAAAUUUAUCAUAUUUGUUUCAUGGUGCUCUUUUAUUGACCUCUCUAAUAUACUUUUUUCUCUGUUUCCGCCCAUUCUUUUCCGUGGGUUUCUCUUUCUGAUUAGACACCAUGGAAAUAACAGGUUCACUAGUAAGGAUUCUGUAUCUGUUUUCUAUUCCAAAAUCAGUCUAUAAAGUGCUAAGCUUUAACUUACAGGACAAGUUAAAGGGGAUGUGAACCCCAAAAUAACAUUUUAGUCUCAACUUUUUUUCUGAUGUGCAUUAAUUACACAUAUUCAAUCAGUUUAAAGUUAUUUGUAUAUGUAAUUGCUAUUUAAAGCAGUAUCUGGCCAUUUCCAGUCCCUGCAUUGCUGGUUCUUAAAACAGAAACCAUCAAAACCAUUCAGCAGUAUUCAUCUCCCUUCCAAUUCUCACAGUGCCUUGCAUGAUCUGCAGUUAACAUCCUGUAAAGAAGAAUUACAGAUGUGUGCAAGGCAUUGUGGGAAAAGCAGUCAUGCCUGGGGGUGAGUUGACUACUGCAACAUUGCUUCAGUUGUUCUAAUGUACAUUUAGUCAGAACCAAUAGUGCAGCGCACAGGCAGAUAUUGCUUGUAAUAUCAAUUGUAUUUAUACAUAUCUUUAAAUUAAUAGAAAAUAUAAAGUAUAAUGGACAAUUGCUUAGAAUUAAAUUUCUUUUAGUAUGCAU